AUGAGGGAUCUAAAACAAGAGGAGGAGAAGGAGGUUCUCAAGAAGCUUAAAUUCUUUAUUGGCGAUAACGUACACAAGAUCCUUUCUGGGGAAGACAAGCUGUUCCUCCACAACCAACGUGUUAUGCUUCUUCCAGAGAAGAUGAGGGCUGCAACAUCGAUGAUAUCUAGAAAGAAUCUUGUCAUAGCAGGGACUGUGAUAGGUAAGUUCACCAAGAGUGGGAGCUUCAGACUAGGGAUAUCGUCACUUAAUUUCCUCUCCCGAUGGGCAAUAUAUAAGAUAUGGAUCAAAAACAGUGCAGAGAUGAACUAUGUGUACGGAAACAACUCGCUAAAGUCCCACAUAUUCCGGAGCUCAGAAGGGAUUCCUAUAAAUGCAGGUGUCUUUGUAUUCAACCAGAACGAUGUUCCUCUUGGGUUUGGGAUCACUGCUUUGACUCCCCAAGGCUACACCAACGCAAAAGGACAUGCACUUGUGCUACUGAGGCAAUCUGACACAGGGGAAUAUGUCCGCAACGAGGGAAAGGUGUGA